AAUGACACCCACUGAAGUGAAGGAGGAGGGCAGUGUGUGGAGACGUAAGGAGGAGAAAAAACCCUAGUAAACCUGACAAAGCGUCUGAGAAACAGUGCGAGGACUGACGGCGGAAGGAGAGAAAGAGACGCAAAGACGCUCAUUUCACCAGGGGAACGCACACUGAUGGAUUUUAUGACAUUUUGCAUCGGACAACUACCUUGUCGUACCUUUUAAAACCCCGUUCCACCUCCGUAGUAGCUGCAAACUUUCUUUUUAGUUGACAAGUGCGCUGCUCGGGAACACUGGGCAUGUUCUGCCCUCUGGAAGAAACUUGGUGACGGGGAGGAAAGUUUCUGGAGGAGCGGUAUGGUUUUCCGAGCUGUUUACCAAGGAUAACGCGUGUGAACUCGGAUUUCUUUACAUGGCAUUGGACUAUGCUGCCAGUCGGGGUUGGAAUAUAUCCUCUGAUCUGAGUAGAUACCGGCUGUUUGUGGAAUAGUAAGCUGAAAAAGGCAGCGCCUCGCAGAUUUUUUUUGGUGCAUUGUGGAGUUGGAGACAUUCCUCCCUCCGGAUUCAGCUCAUGCUCUCUCCUCCCUUAUCUGUGCAUGCCAAAACAGAGAUCUCCUCGAUUUUAUUCCUCCAUGCCCAGGUGAUUGGGUGAAUUUCCGCUGAGUGACAGGCCGACCCUGCAGCAGUUGAUGGUUGGGCGGACUCCCUCAGAUGGGAUCAGUGUCCAGGGGGAGGUGGAGAAGGGGAGUAUGGGGAGCACUUGCCCCCACUAACGGGAUGGCCUCGUGGGCCUGGCUGCUGGCCGCUGUCCUGCUGUCCCUGCUGACCGUCAGCGUGGCCCGGCCGCCCCUAACCGCAACCAAGGAAGAAGAGGCCACUCUGGAACCUGAAGAGGCCUCGAACAAAUACCAAAUUUCUAAGCCCACGGUGUGCUCAGUGCACCCGGGGGACUUGCUGAAGCUGAGCUGCCCUCUGCCACAGACGGGGACCAUCACCUGGACCAAAGAUGGCAGCUCUCUGGGCAUCAACAAUCGCACGGUGAUAGAGCAGGAGGUGCUGCAGAUCCGUGACGCCACGGCCAAGGACUCGGGCCUGUACACCUGCACCAGCGUGGGCAAAGACACGGUCUGCUUCAUAGUAAAUGUCACAGAUGCCAUCUCGUCGGGGGAUGAUGAGGACGAUACAGAGCGAUCAGAGGACACUGGGGCGGACGGAGAGCAGUUAAGCGCUCCGUAUUGGACCUCGUCAGCAAAGAUGGAGAAGAAGCUGCAUGCGGUGCCAGCUGCCAACACAGUCAAGUUCCGCUGUGCUGCAGGAGGCCACCCCAAGCCUAAGCUGCGCUGGCUCAAAAACAGCAGGCCUUUCCGCCAAGAGGACCGCAUGGGAGGGUAUAAGGUGCGUAGCCAGCACUGGACCCUGAUCAUGGAGAGCGUGGUGCCGUCGGACAAGGGCAACUACACCUGCCUGGUGGAGAACGAGUACGGAGCCAUCAACCACACCUACACCCUGGACGUAGUGGGUCAGUCCCCUCAUCGACCGAUCCUCCCAGGCGGUCUCCCGGCCAACACCACAGUAAACGUCGGGGAGGACGCGUUCGUCUGUAAGUUCUACAGCGACGCCCAGCCUCACAAUCCCAGUGGCCUCAAACACAUCACUCAGAACGUUAGUCGCUACGGCCCCGACGGACACCCAUACGUCCGAGUGUUGAAGGUACAUUUUCCGGACGUGGAGAUGCUCACCCUCACCAACGUGACGGAGGCGGGACCUGGGGAGUAUAUCUGUAAAGUCUCCAAUUAUAUAGGCGAGGCCAACCCAGUCGGCUGGCUCACAGUCGUCCCAGCCCUUGAGAAAACCCCAGGGCCCCUUUCCCCAGACUAUGUGGAGAUCGCCAUAUACUGCGCGGGCGUCUUCCUCAUCGCCUGCAUGGUGGGCAUCGUGGUGGUGUGCCGCAUGAGGAACACUGCAAAGAAACCCGACUUUGGGAACCAACCGGCAGUCCACAAACUGAGCAAGCAGAUGCCCUUGCGCCGCCAGGUGUCCACAGACUCCAGCUCUUCCAUGAACUCCAGUACGCCACUGGUACGCAUCAAAACACGGCGGGGCUCUGCGCACGACGACCCGAUCCCGGAGUAUGAUCUUCCCGAGGAUCCGCGCUGGGAGUUUUCCAGGGACAGGUUGACCCUGGGCAAACCCCUCGGUGAAGGCUGCUUUGGUCAAGUGGUGAUGGCCGAAGCGCUGGGCAUCGAUAAGGACAAACCCAAGGACGCUGUAACGGUCGCUGUCAAGAUGCUGAAAGAUGACGCUACUGAGAAAGACCUAUCUGACCUGGUGUCAGAGAUGGAGAUGAUGAAGAUGAUUGGCAAGCAUAAGAACAUCAUUAAUCUAUUGGGAGCCUGCACCCAAGACGGCCCCCUCUAUGUGAUAGUGGAGUACGCCUCUAAAGGCAACCUGAGGGAGUACCUCCGAUCCCGCAGGCCGCCCGGCAUGGAGUACUCCUACGACAUCACCCGGGUCUCAGACGAGCAGCUUACUUUCAAAGAUCUGGUGUCCUGCACUUAUCAGGUGGCACGGGGCAUGGAGUACUUAGCAUCACAGAAGUGUAUACACAGAGACCUGGCAGCCAGGAACGUCCUGGUCACGGAGAGCAACAUCAUGAAGAUCGCCGACUUCGGCCUGGCCAGGGACGUCCACAACAUCGACUAUUAUAAAAAGACGACCAAUGGUCGUCUCCCGGUAAAAUGGAUGGCUCCAGAGGCGCUAUUCGACCGGGUCUACACACACCAGAGUGAUGUCUGGUCAUUUGGGGUGCUGAUGUGGGAAAUCUUCACCCUAGGGGGCUCUCCGUACCCUGGCAUCCCCGUCGAAGAGCUGUUCAAGUUGCUCAAAGAGGGACAUCGCAUGGACAAGCCCGGAAACUGCACCAACGAGUUGUACAUGAUGAUGAAAGACUGCUGGCAUGCCAUCUCAUCCCAUAGACCCACCUUCAAGCAGCUAGUAGAGGAUCUGGAUCGCAUCCUCACCCUCAACUCCAACGAAGAGUAUCUGGACCUGUGCGCCCCAGCAGAGCAGUAUUCCCCCAGCUUCCCAGACACUCGCAGCUCCUGCUCCUCCGGUGACGACUCCGUGUUUUCCCACGAUCCCUUACCGGACGAGCCCUGCCUCCCCAAGUACCAGCACAUCAACGGAAACGUCAAAACAUGAGCCCCCCACCCAUCCUUUCUACCCAAGCCUUACCCCUUGACGUCCCAAAACACACGUUGCACACGUACAAAUCCUCCCAUCUCCUGCCCCCCCAUCACCCCCUGGCUCCCGGUGGACUAAUGGACCCAGAUAGGACUGGGCUGGUGGCAGCGCUGCUGUCACACACUCAUACUGCCAUGCACACACACACUAUGUGCUCACAUGAGGUCUUAAAGGAGAGGACAGGGACCCUACAGAAGCUGUUUUAUAUUGACUGAAUGAAUUGACGUUCCUUGGGGACCCCCCUCCUCCUCUUACUUCAUAUAAACACACAGACUUCUCAGUGCUGUUCUCAUGUUUGUGCCCGGAGGUUUCUACAAUCGAUGACGUUACUUGUUUGGUGAUCUCAUUCCAGAGGCUGGCAUUCCAAGACUUUUAUUUGCUCCUGGAGGAAUGUAUGGACCGAUAUGAACUUUGAAACAAAAACAAGGGACAAGAAGAGGACGAUAAAUAGGAAAUGGACUGCGAGACAGAGCUUCAACUAACAAAACAGAGGAAUAGAAGGAGAGUACAUAUAGGAACGGCUCUCAUGUUUAUUUUGUAAUAUUGAUGCAUUUCUUUUUCAGUUCUCCUAAACCUUCCCAAUUAUUCUGGAGAGAAAAAUACACAGUAUAAUGUAUAGUGCUGGGUAUAUUUGUAAAUAUAUUCAAAAAUGUAUAAAUAUAUAUUAUAUAUUUACAAUGAAUUAUUUUUUGUAUGGACUCUGAAAUAACCCCAACCCUUCCUACCGUACUUUGAGUCUGACGCAGGCAUUUUAACAGGUUAUGUGUCCUAUAUUUCUCUUCACACUCACACAUACAGACGAAGACACACAAUUUAAUACACAAAAACACCUGUUUUACUCGGACUCAGUAACACAGUUGAGUAUUGGCUUUCAGGGACUGAGGUAGCAUGUUAAUUUAUUGACUUAUGUUUUAUGAAAUGAUCAAAAAAGUCUGUAAAAAAAGAACAAAAGCAACAUGGCAGAAAUGAUGACAUUAAUGAUGCAGAUAAUACAUAAAUAAUCCAUUACAUUUAUGGUAAUUUAAAAUGAUCUUUCGGCAGUAACAGAAGAAGCUAUUUUUAGUUGGUUUGAAAGAUCCAGGGUUUGUAAUUUUUAUAUAUGAAUGUGAAUAUUAAGUUAAAUUUUUAAAAACUGUAAAUUUUAUAGUCAGCUAAUCCCUUUCUUAUGUAGAUGUUGACGCCAUUUCUAUCCAGUCAUUGUACUCUUUCUAAUGCUUUGCUUUAGGAAACGAGAUUUAUUUCUGGAUAUUUAUAUAUGAUUGACAGAAAAAGAUUUUGGAAUACUAGCAAUCCUUCCCUGACUUAGACACAAUAUAGACUCUAAAUUUAUUUUACAGAAUUGAAAGCUGAAAAACAAAGUAUUAAAUAAUUCAAGUGUUUUUUCUCUUUUUCUACUGGACCAACUUUAAGAUGUUCUUUUGCAAGUGUUCAUGCUACAUUUGCGAAAUAAAAGAUGGAAACAUA